AUGCGUAUCCUGGUGACCCUGCUACUGGACACCCUGCCCAUGCUGGGGAAUGUCCUGCUGCUCUGUUUCUUUGUCUUCUUCAUCUUCGGCAUUGUGGGCGUGCAGCUGUGGGCGGGGCUACUGAGAAACCGCUGCUUCCUGCCUGAGAACUUCUCACUUCCUCUGUCCGUCGAGCUCGGCAACUAUUACCACACGGAGAACGAUGACGAGAACCCCUUCAUCUGCUCCAUGCCCAGGGAGAACGGCAUGCGCCUGUGUUCCUCUGUGCCCACCCUGUAUGAGGAGGGAGGUCUCCAGUGUCAGAUGGACAUGAAGUCCUACAACAGCACAGACAACACCACCUGUAUCAACUGGAACCAGUACUACAGUAACUGCUCGGCGGGACACGUCAACCCCUUCAAAGGGGCCAUCAACUUUGAUAACAUCUGCUACGCCUGGAUCGCCAUCUUUCAGGUGAUCACCCUGGAGGGCUGGGUGGACAUUAUGUACUUUGUGAUGGAUUCUCACUCCUUCUACAACUUCAUCUACUUCAUCCUCCUCAUCAUCAUUGGCUCUUUCUUCAUGAUCAACCUGUGUCUGGUCGUCAUCGCCACCCAGUUCAGUGAGACCAAGCAGAGGGAGAGCCAGCUGAUGAAGGAACAGCGCAUCCGUUUCCUGUCCAACGCUAGUACCCUGGCCUCCUUCUCCGAGCCGGGCUCCUGCUACGACGAGCUGCUCAAACUCCUGGUCCAUGUCAUCCGCAAGGGGUGCAGGCAGGUGGCCCAUGGGGUGGAGGGGGUCGGGGGAGGAGGGGCGGACGUGGAGACGGGUUCACAUAGCAACAACGGUGGCGCUGGACGGCUCAUGUUGGGUCCUCCUCCAUCGACCUCUGACCUGAACUUGGCGACCCCGGCGUCACCAGCCAAUCCCGCGCUGGGCAUCAUGUGCCACACAGACUGCCACCUGGAGCCCACCACCCCCACUACCCUCACCCCUACCCCUAGCCCCUUCUCCCUGGCACCCAUCCCCAUGUCCAGGGCUAUGAAGAGGAACUCAGUGCCCUUUGCUGCCCCCGGUCCUAAGAACUACCCCACCCUACAGCCCAGGGCACUAAUGGAGUCUAGAAGUGUCAGUGUUACAGCUAGUACCAUCAGUAAUAUAAACCUCAACCUCAAUAUACCACCACUAACCUUGGAGAGGGGACCACAGAGUCUGGUGGACACACACACACCCACGCUAGGCCAGCUAUCCAACCGUGACCUGAGUGUCAUCGGAACCCUGGACCCCUCGUUCCCCUUUGACCCAGAGUCAUGCCCAUACUGUGCCAAGGCCCUAGCAGGCGAGUCAGAGGGCACGGACGGAAACGAGAACCCCGGGGACUCAGACAGCGAGGGCAUCUACGAGUUCACCCAGGACCUCCACCACAGAGACCGCAGGGACCGUCGGGACAGCCGUCAGCCCAGGAAGGGGCAGCGAAAGCUGGGUACCACGGCAGGGCGAGUGGUCCGGGCCUGGAGGCUGGUGUGUGACACCUUUAGGAAGAUAGUCGACAGCAAGUACUUUGGAAGAGGGAUCAUGAUCGCCAUUCUGAUUAAUACACUGAGUAUGGGGAUUGAAUACCACGAACAGCCUGAUGAGCUGACCAAUGCGUUGGAGAUCAGUAACAUAGUGUUCACCAGUCUGUUUGCCUUGGAGAUGUUACUCAAGGUGUUGGUCUAUGGGCCAUUCGGAUACAUCAAAAACCCCUACAACAUUUUUGACGGAAUCAUAGUGGUCAUCAGUGUAUGGGAGAUCGUGGGCCAGCAGGGCGGUGGUCUGUCUGUGCUGCGUACCUUCAGACUGAUGCGCGUGUUGAAGCUGGUGCGCUUCAUGCCCGCUCUGCAGAGGCAGCUGGUGGUGCUGAUGAAGACCAUGGACAACGUGGCCACCUUCUGUAUGCUACUCAUGCUCUUCAUUUUCAUCUUCAGUAUCCUGGGCAUGCAUCUGUUUGGCUGUAAAUUUGGAUCAGAGAGAGAUGGAGACACUCUACCAGAUAGGAAGAACUUUGACUCUCUGCUCUGGGCCAUCGUCACGGUGUUUCAGAUCCUAACUCAAGAGGACUGGAACAAAGUGCUGUAUAAUGGUAUGGCUUCCACCACUCCUGUGGCAGCUCUCUACUUCAUCGCCCUCAUGACCUUUGGGAACUACGUCCUCUUCAACCUGCUGGUGGCCAUCUUGGUCGAAGGCUUCCAGACUGAGGCUCCCCCUGUCUCUCUACCCUCCACCACCCCUCUGCACGAUGCCACGGCUGUUGAGACUAACCAGGGAGAAGAAUCCAAGUCAGUGUCGGAGACAGAUUUAUCCUCGAGGAGUAUGGAGGACGUGAACGGCAGUAGAAAGGAUGUGUCUGGCUCCCCGGUAGUCCCAAUAAACGGUCAUGUUGACCUGAAGACCAGUCUGACCCCUCCUCUGAUUACCCAUACUGCUGCCACCCCCAUGCCCGUUCCCAAGCUGCCCGCCGUGGGUGACCCUGCCCUGGGCUACGAAUCCCGACGCGGCAGCAAUGUCUCCAUGGACCUAGCCUCUUACGACAAGUCUCCGACCAGUGCCCGUAGCACCUCCCCUUACGCCCCGUGGUGCUCUGCCAGUGGCUGGACCAGCCGUCGAUCGAGCUGGAACAGCUUAGGCCGUGCCCCCUCGCUCAAACGAACAAAGCUUCAGUCUGGCGAACGGCGGUCGCUCCUCUCCGGCGAGGGAGGGUCCAGUUCGGAGGAUGAGGAGGGGGGAGGAGGGGGGACAUCGGAGGGGGACGAUGCAUCCCUGUGUCAUAUUAACUCCAUGUCCCAGCCCAGACACAGGAGGAUGGAGUCGGUGGAGACCAGGGGGUCCAUAGACCUGGCCCCCGACACACUGCUACAGGUGCCCUACCUGUAUCGCUCAGCCAGUAUGCACAGCUCCAGACCCCCCUCGCUAGGAGGCCUGAGAGCCCCAGAACACAGUGACUGUAAUGGGAAGGGUACUUCGGCCCCUUGCGGUGCCCUUGCCCCUACACAGCUCUCCCUGGAGGACAACACAGAGGACGACGCAGCAGAGGAGGAGGUGGUCGUGGGUCAUUUUGCCAGGCUGUCAGGCUGGCUGGACAGGAAACAGCCAGAGUGGUGUCGACAGAGAGAUACCUGGUCCCUGUACAUAUUACCCCCAGACUCCAGGUUUCGGAUGGCGUGCAAUAAGAUCAUAACCCACAAGAUGUUUGACCACAUUGUUCUGGUCAUCAUCUUCCUCAACUGCAUCACCAUCGCCAUGGAGAGGCCGAGGAUAGACCCAUACAGCGUGGAGCGUAUCUUCCUCACGCUAUCCAACUACAUCUUCACAGCGAUCUUCGUGGCUGAGAUGACAGUCAAGGUGGCUGCACUGGGCUGGUUAUUUGGUGAUAAGGCCUACCUGAGGAGCAGCUGGAACAUUCUAGAUGGGAUUUUAGUGAUGAUUUCAGCCAUAGAUAUCCUGGUCUCAUUGGUAUCGAACAGCAGCCCCAAGAUACUGGGCAUGCUCAGAGUGCUGCGCUUGCUACGGACGCUCAGGCCACUACGUGUUAUCAGCAGGGCGCCAGGUCUGAAGCUGGUAGUGGAGACUCUGAUGUCAUCUCUGAAGCCUAUAGGGAACAUCGUGGUCAUCUGCUGCGCUUUCUUCAUAAUCUUUGGUAUCCUGGGAGUACAGCUCUUCAAGGGGAAGUUCUUUGCAUGUCAGGGAGAUGACGUGAGAAACAUCACCAACAAGUCAGACUGUAUAAUGGCCAACUACAAAUGGGUUAGACAGCAGUACAACUUUGAUAACCUGGCACAGGCACUGAUGUCUCUCUUCGUGCUGGCUUCUAAGGAUGGUUGGGUGGAUAUCAUGUAUGAUGGAUUAGAUGCAGUGGGAGUCAACCAACAGCCACAGCUGAACUACAACCCCUGGAUGCUCCUCUACUUCAUCUCCUUCCUGCUCAUCGUCAGCUUCUUUGUGCUCAAUAUGUUCGUGGGCGUGGUGGUGGAGAACUUCCACAAGUGUCGUCGCAGCCAGGAGGCCGAGGAGGCCAAGCGCAGGGAGGAGAAGAGACUGAAACGGAUGGAGAAAAAGAGACGGAGUAAGGAGAAGGAGCUGGCUGCUCAGAGUAAGCCUUACUACUCGGAUUACUCCCCCACUCGUCUCCUCAUCCACAAGAUGUGCACCUCCCAGUAUCUGGACCUCUUUAUUACCAUUGUCAUCGCACUCAAUGUCAUCACCAUGGCGAUGGAACACUACCAGCAGCCCAAGGAGUUGGACGAGGCGCUGAAGAUCUGUAACUACAUCUUCACCAUCGUCUUCGUCCUGGAGUCUGUUUUCAAGCUGGUGGCCUUUGGCUUCCGGCGUUUCUUCAAGGACAGGUGGAACCAGCUGGACCUGGCCAUAGUGUUGUUGUCCAUCAUGGGCAUCACUCUGGAGGAGAUUGAGGUCAACGCAUCCCUGCCCAUCAACCCUACUAUCAUCAGAAUCAUGAGAGUGCUAAGGAUAGCACGAGUGCUGAAGCUACUGAAGAUGGCAGUGGGGAUGAGAGCGUUGCUGGACACUGUCAUGCAGGCUCUGCCUCAGGUGGGGAAUCUGGGUCUCCUCUUCAUGCUGCUCUUCUUUAUCUUCGCAGCACUGGGAGUGGAACUGUUUGGUGAUCUCAUUUGUGAUGAGCUGCACCCGUGUGAGGGCUUGGGACGCUACGCUACAUUUAAGAACUUUGGCAUGGCCUUCCUGUUGCUGUUCAGAGUAUCCACAGGAGACAACUGGAACGGCAUUAUGAAGGACACCCUGCGAGACUGUCAACAGGAGAAUGCAGGCACCUGUUACAACACGGUGGUCUCUCCUAUCUACUUUGUCUCCUUUGUGCUGACUGCCCAGUUUGUCUUGGUCAACGUGGUCAUAGCCGUCCUCAUGAAGCACCUGGAGGAGAGCAACAAAGAGGCCAAGGAGGAGGCAGAGCUGGAGGCUGAACUAGAGCUGGAGCUCCAGCAUGGAGGAAGGGGAGGGUGUGGCAGUGGGAGAUCACCCCAGCUAAGCCCUCUGGCCCUGGGCAUGGAGGAGGGAUCUGGCGGCUCCCCCUGGAGGUCUCCAGAAAGGGAGAUCCAGAGGGGCAAUGUGAUGGGUUCUCCCCCAGCAGAUAUCACUAGAAGAGACUCCAUACACAUCAGCACUGAUGCUCCGCUAGGCCUGGAGCCACCACUAGAGCGAAGAGCGAUGUUUGACUCGGUCUCCUCGGUGAUCCAGGGUUCGAUGGAGGGAGAGUUGAGUCUGAUGGACAACCUGUCAGGGUCAAUAUGUCACUACUACGCCCUACCCCCACUACCCAGCAAGCACUGCAGUGACAAGAAGAUCCCUCUAGCGGAGAUGGAAGCUCUCUCUCUGACCUCCGACAAAUCCUGGUCCCUAGCUCUCACCGACGACUCCACCCCUGAUGAUAUUAACCCUCUCUUACUAACCAGUCUGGAGUCCAACGUGGAGUUACUUGAUCCUGGGGAGCCGCUGGAGGACAACCUGUUGAGUGUACGGAAGUCAGCGGUGAGCCGCACCCACUCUCUACCCAAUGACAGCUACAUGUUCCUGCCUCUGGAGCCCUUCGGACCCCCAGGAGCCGGCCUGGCUCCUGGCUUAUCUCCAGUACUGACACAGGCUACAGGGCCGCAGCACAUAGAGGCACUUAGCAGCGCCCUGUCAGGCUCCAGUACCUCGGUGCUGUCCCAACCAGAGGAGAGCUCCCAGCAGUCGGCUGUGCCUACAGACUUCUUCAGACCCAUCAGUCCUCACAGCCUCUCAGACUCAGAGAAUAUACCCCGACUACCCCCGCCACAGCACACACACACACUUAGCCGCACACUCCGCAGACAGGUGGCAGUAUCUAAUGAUUCCCAGGAGGCUCUGUGGUCUGACGGAGGGGAGUGUGAGGAGGGGGUCCUAAAUGUAGCUUCCCUAGCCCUCCCCCUUUCCUCCUCCUCUUCCUCAUCCUCCCAUCUUCACCAGCAGCCUUCUCUCUGGCUGGUCCCUGCCACCCCAGGGGCAUCCCCUCAACUGUCGCGCCCCAGUAGUGUUCACACCCAACACCCCUUCUCAAACCAUGACCAGCACCACCUCUCCUCCUCACCCAACUCCCCCUCCUCCCUCUCCUCACCCCCUCCUCCCCUCCCCUCCACUCGCCCCUGGAAACAGGAAGAGGCCUCGGCAGACCACGAGGUGUCGCUCAUCAACCGGGCGGGGCUGGCGGGGAGUGAGGAUGUCACCGGUGUCGGACUGGGGUCAGAGGUCGGAGGUCUCAAUGGCAGUUACCAAGGUCAUGAGGUUGGCUGUGGUGAGGGGAGCCGGCCGUGCCUGAGACAGCUGAAGAAGUUCCACAGCGCUGACGCCCAGGGUCGGAGCAUUCUAGCAUCCCGGCCACGCCCCCUGUCCUGGUUGGACGAUCCUCGGCGCCACUCAGUGGAGGUUUGUUCGUCUGUAGAGUCCAGUCCCCAGUGCAGCACCACGUCCUCGGGGUUCGUCUCCCGAGCAGACAGCCUCCAGAUCCAUUCCCAGACCACAACAAAGACCCUGCCCUCUCCCCGACGCAAGAAGAAAAUGAGCCCCCCGUGUAUCUCCGUAGACCCCCCUGAUGGACUGGAGUCCCAGCCCGGCCUCCACCCUACCCUGGGAGGUUUGGGGGGCCUAGGGAUGCCCCCUCCCUUACCCAGCCGGGAUACCUCCUGUCUGAGGAGACGGGCUCCCUCCAGUGACUCCAAGGACUCCUUUGACCUCGGGGCAGGGGAGGGGCUGGGCCAGGAGGGAGGGGGGCCCAACCCCAAGCUGUUGACUCUGCCCAGCUUCUCCUUCGAGAAGACAAGCUCUGAGCACUGAACACUCACACACACUGAUGUACACACACACACACACACUAACACACACACACACAGACAAACCAUUAAGCACAUAGGCACACAGACACACACAUGCAAACACACGAUACACUUGGUGUAUCCGUGAUGGUGAUAGUCGUAGUAAUAAUACCGUAGAGAGUAAUUAUGGUAAAACUACAACAAAACGGUCAAAUCAUCCUUGGUUUUAUUGAGGAUCCGUGCAGUACUGUCGUAGUGUGACCAUCCCUUGUCUUUGUAUUGUUGUACUGCCAAAACCACAAGAACGUGAAAAGAACACAGCAUAAGCAGAGUUGAAACAAGAAUACAAACAUGACUGUUUCUCUUCUACCACACCUGCAUGCCGCCAUUGGCUGCAGGUCGACCCCAUGACCUCUGGAGUGAAGUCAGCACCAAUAACUUUGGAUAGCGCCUGCCUGUGGCCACUAUUGGGAAUGCUCAGUGUUAGACAGUGGGACUUCACCCUCACACGGGCAACAGUGGAGGUACAAAGCAAUAUGAACGAUUUAGAGACACUAUUUUCUUAAAUUAUUGGGCCAUAGUGUUUGUACAGGAUGUAGAUUUUUUUUUUAUUAUUUCAUUAUAUAUUUUUUGGGGGUGAUCUUUUUUGUGAUGGGUUUAAAUUUUUCUCUGUUUGUUUCAAUGUUCGAAAAAAUGUUUAGCUAGUCGGUUUUGUUUAAUUUUAGGGAUAUUUUCUAGCUUUCUUGAUUUGCUGAGGAAAGUGAUUUUUUUUUCAAAGUGCUGAGAAUCAUGUAUUU